AUGAAUACAUCUCAUCCAUUUGCAAUUUGUGUUGAGGUACUCGAAAGUCCAAUCAAAGACAUUUUAGAUGAGUAUCCUGAAAGUGUUCGAGGAUAUGCUGCAGUCGCUAACUUCAUACUCAAGUUCAUGCAGUGUGGUAAAGAAGGUAGCUGUAGUAGCUCCUGUCCUGUAUCUCCUGAGGAGAUUGGGAACUUAGUAGAAGAAAUUGUCAGUUAUUUUAGCAAUUUGUUGCUCUCAGUAUUUGAAGGAAGGAGAACAGAGGUCAGACCGAGGCAUAAAAAUGAUCUUCUGGCACAUGGCGCAUUUCUUUCCGAACUUAGGGAGAUAGUUUUCAACAUAAAGUCAUUGAGUGUAUGUGGUACAUGGCUGGCGUUGUCAUUAAUGAGGCUUUUGUAUCUGAAAGUUUCUGCUGAAAUUAGUAAAGAAGAUCUGUAUAAAGCAUUAUAUGAUGCUGUUUUGCUUAUUGAUUAUGCUUCUUACACUGGGAGAUGGGCCCAGUCAAAUGAUCGUCACCCCAGAAAAUUGGCCCUUUUGUGGGUGUUGGUUGCUGAAAGGGCCAUUCAGUUUGCGAGGGCCAAAAAUGAUGAACAUAGGGCCAAUUCUUAUCUUAAUGCUUUCCGUGAAUCACAAUUGAUGGCCGAGUUAAUUAGUUGGGCUGGUAGUCAAACUGAGGCCGAUGACAAGAACAAUAGGGCUGUCCUUACCUCACCUGAUGCCCUUAUUAAGUGGCUUUAUGUUCUUGAAGACCAAGAAGUUAAAGUAUUGGAUCACAGCUUAUCUAUACUAUACGCAAAAGCUAUGUCUAAAGUAAAGGGAACAAACAGGGAUGUUGAAAUGGGGGAGGCGCGUUUUAUGAAUGAAUCGUGUAGAAAAAGGAAAGAGCCGCAGAGUGGUUGCCAAGAAGUGCGGGCCAGCCAGGUGAGGAGAUGUAUGUCGGACAAUGGAGUUCAUAUUGUAGAUGAUGAUGAUAUGGAAUCAUAGGUGGAGGAUUAGGACAUGAUUAUAUUAUUUGCAAUGACAAGUGCUGGAACAUUGAUUCAUGAUGUGCAAAUUUAUGCAGUUGCAAUGACAAGCACCACUGCGUUUAAACAGUACGUAGUUUGUAUGUAUGGCGUACUCACAUUUUGUUGCCCGGGAUAUCAUUUGCAUUAAAAUUAAUAUAUAAAUAGUAUAACCCUAAAAUACAUAUAGAAAUUAUUUUUAUUGAAUAUUGA